UCGUAGUCUCUGCGAGCUGGAAGCGCCGGCUCCGGAAUCUCAGCCGCCGUCUGGGGGCUGAGGCCGCGCGGAGACGCGUGCGCAGUGCGCCGGCGGACCGUCGUGGACGCCGCUCUGGGCAGCCGAGCGUCUGUAGGAGCCGGGGCCGCGGCGGCGCGGGUGCUCCGGGCAGAGGCCCCGUGUAAUGUUCAAGCUUAGAAAUGCCUUAUGUGGAUCGCCAGAAUCGCAUUUGUGGUUUUCUAGACAUUGAAGAAAAUGAAAACAGUGGGAAAUUUCUUCGAAGGUACUUCAUACUGGAUACCAGAGAAGAUAGUUUCGUGUGGUACAUGGAUAAUCCACAGAACCUACCUUCUGGAUCAUCACGUGUUGGAGCCAUUAAACUUACCUACAUUUCAAAGGUUAGCGAUGCUACUAAGCUGAGGCCAAAGGCCGAGUUCUGUUUUGUUAUGAAUGCAGGAAUGAGGAAGUACUUCCUACAAGCCAAUGAUCAGCAGGACCUGGUGGAAUGGGUAAAUGUGUUAAACAAAGCUAUAAAAAUUACAGUACCAAAGCAGUCAGACUCACAGCCUAAUUCUGAUAACCUAAGUCGCCAUGGUGAAUGUGGGAAGAAGCAAGUGUCUUACAGAACUGAUAUUGUUGGUGGCGUACCCAUCAUUACUCCAACUCAGAAAGAAGAAAUAAAUGAAUGUGGUGAAAGUAUUGACAGAAAUAAUCUGAAACGGUCACAAAGCCAUCUUCCUUACUUUACUCCCAAACCACCUCCGGAUAGUGCAGUUAUCAAAGCUGGAUAUUGUGUAAAACAAGGAGCAGUGAUGAAAAACUGGAAGAGAAGAUAUUUUCAGUUGGAUGAAAACACAAUAGGCUACUUCAAAUCUGAACUGGAAAAGGAACCUCUUCGUGUUAUUCCACUUAAAGAGGUUCAUAAAGUCCAGGAAUGUAAGCAAAGUGACAUAAUGAUGAGAGACAACCUCUUUGAAAUUGUAACAACGUCUCGAACUUUCUAUGUGCAGGCUGAUAGCCCUGAAGAGAUGCACAGCUGGAUUAAAGCCGUCUCUGGCGCCAUUGUAGCGCAGCGGGGGCCCGGCAGAUCUGCAUCUUCUAUGCGGCAGGCCAGAAGGCUGUCGAACCCUUGUAUACAGAGGAGCAUCCCACCGGCCCUUCAGAAUCCAAACACGCUUUCCGUCCCGCCAUCGCAGCCGCCACCACCUCACAUUCCACAGCCUCUCGCAGCAACUCUUUGGUCUCAAGCUUUACCAUGGAGAAGCGAGGAUUUUACGAAUCUCUUGCCAAGGUCAAGCCAGGGAACUUCAAGGUCCAGACUGUCUCUCCAAGAGAACCAGCUUCCAAAGUGACUGAACAAGCUCUGUUAAAACCUCAAAGUAAAAAUGGCCCUCAGGAAAAAGAUUGUGACCUAGUAGACUUGGAUGAUGCGAGCCUCCCGGUCAGUGAUGUGUGAGGCAGAUGAGCAUGGAGCUUGCCUGCCUCUGCCUCCUGUUUCCUUUGGUGAGGCUUCUAGCCAAAGAUGAUAAAGGGGGAAAUGGUUUUUAGUGUGGAUGUUAUACUGCCUCUUAGGUGUAUUCUUUAUAAGCUGGUAAACCAAGAAUCUAGGGAGUGGCCAAACUAAAUAUAAUUUCUUUAAAAAGAAAGGAAAAGGAAAAAUCCAAAAUAUCUCAGUGUCAUCUGUCUGAAGCAUUGUGUGUUCUCAUUUGGGUAGUAACAAUGUGUGUGUAAUAUUUUUUCCUAGUGAUUUUGACAGUUUAAAUGUUUAAAACUUAAAACAUGAAAAAUGCUGAUUAAUUACUUUGGUCAUUUAAAAAAUGCUACUAUGACAUCUGAUUAAAUGUUCAAUAUUACACAUCCUUAUUGAUCACUAUUACCAAAUGAAAUAUUGCCAGACCAAGAUACCUAAACUCAUGAUGUCUGUGGUGCUGUAAAAUUUAUACUGCAGUGUGGACUAUGUUGCAAUUACAACCAUUUUUGAUGCCCUGAAUCUUGAGGUGAGUUGCAAAUUUUGCAAAGAGGAUAUUAUUCGACCAACAGUAAGGGUUGUGGGUUAUACUGGGGUAGAG